AUGGCGCCGCCGCCGCCGCGGCCGGCGUCGGAGGACGAGUUCAAGGCGCGCCUCUCCCCCGCCACCGCCCGCGCGGACGGACGGAUCCCCGCGGACGACUUCUCCGUGAGCGAGUACGUCGCGUCGCUCGUGCGCCCGCUCCUCCCGACGACGGAGACGCCGCUCGAGCGCGUCACCGUGGACGACGUCUACCCCGUCGCGGGCGCGAUGCUCGACCGACUCGAGCUCGCGCGCGAGAAGCUCGUCAACCUCGAGCGCGUGCACGCGAUGCGCGCGGCGUCGCUGAGCGCCAGGGCGCGAAAGGAAGAGAAAGCGCUCGAGCGCGCCGCGGACGGGCUCAAGAGCGGCGUCGGCGCGCUGUCCACCGCGCUCGACGCGAUCGAGACGCGCGUGUCGCACGUCGCGUCGAGGACGGGGCGCGUCGGCGAGCGCCUUCGCGUCGCGGACGCGCAGCGAUUGGCGACGACGGACGCGGUGUCGCUCGCGACGCACCUCGCGGCGUUCAACGCGUGCGAGUCGUUCGAAGAUCUGCGCCUUCACGUCGACCCGCUGUUUUACGACCAAACGCGCUCGCCCGAGGCGGCGCGGCUCGCGCAGCGGCUGCUGCGCGUGGCGACGGAGGCGGCGGAGAGCGAACGCGCGCGUCGGAAAAAAACCGCGCUCGCGGAAGCCGCGCGCGUGCAUCGCCGGCGGCCCCCGGGGACGGGGCCCAGGCCCGGCGGCGCGGGCGCGUCGUCGUCGUCGAUCGUGGACGAGGUGGACGCGAAAUCGCGCCGACGCGAGCGCGGCGAGGACGCGGGCGGUGGACCGAAACCGCUCGCGCUCGCGCGCGCCAUCGACAACCUGGAGCGGUACUGCGACCAGCUGGAGAACGACGUCUUGCUCGCGUUCGCCGAGGCGGAGGACGAGGGCGAUCUGCGCGCGAUGAAGCGCGCGGCGAAGACGCUCUCGCGGUUCAACCAGGGCUCGUCGCUCAUCUCGCGGUUCAUCGCGACGCGGCCGAUGUUCAUGUCCGUGGACGCGGUGAACGAGAUCGAGGCGCGUUCUCCUUCACACUGGUUCCCAUACGACCGCGUCGGCGUGGUGAACGCCGAUCCUUAA